UUUGCAACCCGCCAUUAAAAACGCUAAUAGUUAAAAAGUGUUUUAUAUUCCUUGUAAAAUAAAUCAACAAACCUGCGGAAAAGUUGGCAACACUGGUACUAGACUACUAGCGUCAUCCGAUGUCAUCACGUGAUAAUACCAUAAUACUCCCAAAUACUCCAAAAAGAAAUUAAAUUGUAAGCGGCUAACAAUUACACCAUCAUGCUAAUUAGAAUCUAAAAUAUAUCAUCGUUGGAGAAUCCGAGUUGCAUUUGCAAAAUGAGUGACGAUUUCAAAUGCACGAUCUUGGUGACUGGCUUCGGCCCGUUCAGCACGCACGUGGUAAAUGCCAGCUGGGAGGCGGUGAAGGAAUUGCAGGAACUCUGGACGAACUCUGUGGAAUUUGCCGAUGUCAAACUAGUCGCGGAAGAAAUUCCGGUUUCGUAUGAUUAUGUAGCCAAUCACGUCCCUCGGCUCUGGAAAAAAUACAAUCCUGCAAUUGUUCUACACGUGGGUGUAUCACAUCAAGCAGAUUCUUUAACGAUAGAGCAUCAUGCUUACAAUAACGGCUACAAUAGGCUUGACAUAUUUAACAAAUGCCCUGUUCAAACAAAUGCCGAGUGCAGCAUCUUGGAAACUGGGAUAGACAUCAAGGAACUUUGCAACAGUGUGAACAAAAACUUUGAGAGAAGUGGAUGCAAAGCUUGCUUAUCGCAUAAUGCUGGCAGAUAUCUAUGCGAAUAUAUAUUUUAUCAAUCGCUCUCUAUUGAGCCGACAAAGACUCUGUUUGUGCAUGUUCCAGAUUUUGACAAGUAUUCUAGUAUACAAAUUGCGAAUGGUUUAUAUGAUAUUUUGAGUCACUUAUUAAGAAAUUUGAAAUUCAGUUAAUAAUUGUAUUUUAUUAAGCCAACAAAUUAAUUAAUAAUAGGCAACAGUGAUAAAAUUUUAUAAGAAUCAAUGUACUUAAGACACAUGCUGUAUAAUUCAUAUACAUCAGAGUUACACUGUAAAUUUCAAAUUUACAUCUACAUGGAUUAUUUUAUAAUAUUUUAUGUGUAAAUUAUAAAUACAUUUUCAGUUUUUUUUUUUAUAAAUUUCCUGCUGAAUACCAUCAGUAUUGAAAGUAAUCGUAAACUGAAAACUAAUGGUAUUCGGUGCUCAGUUUAUAAAAAAACUGAAAAAAUUUAUUUACAUAUAAAUUAUUACACUGCUUGUAGUUAACACAUCUUAUUUGUGUGAUUACACUUACGCGGUCUAAUUCAAAUGAUUAUUAUUUAUUAUUAUAUGUUUAUACAAAUCUUUAUAUUGUAUAUAUAUAGAAAAGUUAAAAAUAAGAAUGUAAGAUAGAUGUAAUAUAAAUAUGUGAAAUGAUGGAAUAUGAAUAGAAAA